AUGCAACUCUGAAUUAAUAUUCUCUUUCAUAAUUUUUCUCUCCGAACACCGCAGUUGGGGCAAGAAAAUUUAAAAACAUUGACUGCAGUGAAUAUUUUUAUAUUAAUAAAAUAAUUAAUAAAACCUGAGAAACAAUUUUUGUAAAAUAAAAUGCUGCCCCCACAUCAGCUCUUGCGCUAUGCAAAACUACCAGUGGUUAAGAAUUUACAAGUGAAGUUAAUUGCUCCCGCAUUAACAAUAAAUAGACGUGAUUUACAUAUAUCAACAGUAACACGCAAAGUAACACCGCUAAAAUCUAACCUACAAACACCAUUGGCCGGCAUUGGACAAUUGAGUUUAUUGCGAUAUGCCAGCAAUGCUCCAGUGACCGCAAAUAUCCCACCUAGCACAAACGUCAUGACUGAGGCAACAUCAGCUGCAGCUGACAAAACUGUUGUAGAUCUAACAAGUUUACCAGAAGCACCGAUUGCACCGACUGAAGAAUUGGUAACAACAGUUCUCAAUGCUGCAGGUGAACCUACGUUUGCAUCAAUUGGUUUAGGUGGAUGGUCACCAGUUGGAUUGGUACAAAACUGUAUGGAAUGGUUACACAUAAGUUGUGAUAUACCAUGGUGGGGUGCUAUAGCUAUAGGUACUGUUGUAGUGCGUACCGUGCUCUUCCCUCUGGUUAUAAUGGCACAACGAAAUGGCGCAAAAAUGAACAAUAACAUGCCACAAAUGCAAGUGCUGCAGAUGAAAAUGUCAGAGGCACGUCAAACUGGUAAUGCCAUAGAUGCAGCACGUUAUGCACAAGAAAUGAUGCUUUUUAUGAAAGAAAAAGAAUUAAAUCCAUUGAAGAAUUUAUUCGUGCCGUUGGCGCAAGCACCUAUUUUCAUAUCAUUCUUUAUGGGACUUCGUGGCAUGGCGAAUACUCCAGUAGAGUCAUUGCGGGAUGGUGGUCUGUUUUGGUUUACAGAUUUAACAAUAGCUGAUCCUACUUUUAUGCUGCCAAUAAUCACAAGCGCAACACUCUAUUUAACCAUUGAAGUUGGUACUGACAGUGCACGACUAUCAGCGGCCAAUAUGGGUAUGAUGAAGUAUGUAUUACGUGCAUUGCCCAUUGCGAUAUUUCCAUUCACUAUGAAUUUCCCUGCGGCAAUCUUGACAUAUUGGGCAUGUAGUAAUUUUAUAUCACUGGGUCAAGUGGCUUUACUUAAAAUACCACAAGUGCGUGAUUAUUUCAAAAUUGAUAAAAUGAUGAUACAUGCUCCUGGAUCGCUACCAGCUAAGAGCAAGGGAUUCGUAGGUGGUGUUAAGGAAUCUUGGCAAAAUAUGAAAAUAUCCAAGGAAUUAGAAGAACGUCAGCAAUUAAACGAAAUACGUUUUGCAAAAGCGGGUAAAGGUCCACUAAUCAAAACGUAUAAAUACGAUCCAACGAAACCACAACCUACUGCUGUCCAAGCGAAACCAAAAGAUGUUUAAAGGCUUAUGUGUAUUUAUAGUUUUUAUUUGAUAAUUUUAAAUGUAAAUUAGAUAGAAACGGUUAAGAAGAAUAAAGGAAUUUUUUA